AUGCUCCAGAAGGGGUACUCGGACAUGGAUCUGGAACGCUUCAACCCUGUCAGCAUCUCUGGUAUGCAGACACGAGACACAGACAUCCUACAUGGAACAUUCAGAACAGAGAUGAAGCUCGAAGGCUACAAAGGAGGCUCAUGUGCUAGCUUCUUCUGGUACCACAAUGAUGUACAAGAGAUCGAUAUUGAAGUCGUUACUCCUGGAACCUCAAUCGUCAAUGACACCAUCAAUUACACCGCACAGCCUUCCACAGAGGCCGACUGGACUCCGAUCCCAAAUGCUACACUCUCAAUGCCACUCCAGAAGACCUUGAACGACUUUAAGGUUCAUCGCUUUGAUUGCAAUCCUGUCUCCGGCGUUGACUACUAUCUUGAUGACAAACUGAUGCACAAUGACCAUCACAACGUACCUAAAGAAGGUGGUUCAUUACAACUGAAGCUUUGGGCUGAUGGCAACCAAUGGUGGAGUGGUAUCCCGAGCAAGACCGAUGUCCACCUGAGAGUCAAGUCCAUCAUUGCUUAUUACAAUACAACCUCAAGCUUGACUAACCUCGAGUGGCACAACAAGUGUGCUAGCGAGAAGAAGCAAUGCAAGGCUGUGACAUCAUUGCGUAAGGUGGCUGCUCUUGAUCCAUUUGGUAUACCCAUUUCUAUAUCUCCAACUUCAUCUGCUCUUGCAACCUGGGAGCAAGCCAGUAAAAUGGUAAUGGUACUCGGUGGCGCAGUGUCUGCUCUUAUUUUCUGGGGUUUGUGA